GGCGCCGCAAAGGGCCGCAGCGGGAUUACGCUACACAUCGAACUGCAAUCGUCAUUCAGCAAUUUUCGGGCUCUGAAUAUGAAUGUAUUUCUUUCCAGCGUACACGAACGAAAGGCAAGGAAGGCAACAAACAAACUCACUCAAUGUUGUUGUGAGUCUUCCACAAUGGAGAGGCUGGUGUGGGCGUUCCUCGCCAUCUCUGUUGUAAGAGGUCAAAUACCUCCAAAUGGUCCACCACCAAACAGCUUUCCUCCUCUUGGACCUGGCGCACCACUUGGUCCAGUGCCAAUAGGUCCUGGUCCUAUUGGACCUGGACCCAUCGGACCUGGACCUGUCGGACCUGCUGGCUUGGAUACGUUUGGACCAGAAUUGCUGGAGUGGAGGUGUCCUCAACAUUGGGUUCAAUUUCAAGGAUCAUGCUACAGAUUCAUUAAGUCUCCUAUUCGUCCAAGACAUGAAGCAAGAAGAAAUUGUCAGGCAUACCAUUACCAAGCUGACUUGGUAAAUAUAAAUAGUCUGGAGGAGCAUGGAUUUAUGUUGAAUCAACUAAAUAUUCAAGAUCCCCAGAGGAGGAAAUGGUACACUAGUGGUUUCCAACAGCAGCCAAACUUUUGGAUAAAUGAGGGGGAUGGAACAAAUAUUGUAAACUUAGAAGCAGCUUUCCUUCCUCAGGCCCCUCCUGAUCAGCCUCCCUAUCAAAGAGAUUUUCUCACUUACAGCUAUUCAACCUCAUUGAUGAGAUGGGGAUUUGAACGAAUGAGUGGCCAGGAGCCUCUCUUGUAUGUUUGUGAAGCACCUAUUGGAGCUCUUCGAUCUCUGUUGGAAGAUGAUCGUACUUAUACAUAUGGUAUUGACGUUGAGGACCCACUCCUAGUUCCACGAGGACCUAUGUUUAUCCGUCAACCAAAGGAUGUUGUGUUUGACCUCUCAAAACGGAAGACUAAUAAUGAUGUUACUUUGAGCUGUUUGGCUGGUGGCUACCCCACUCCGUCCUAUGAAUGGUUCAAGGAGGACUAUCAAAAUGACGUUCUUCGUGAGUCUCUAAUUGAUCCCCUGCAGGAUUCUCGUUACACUAUUAGUGGUGGAUCACUUAUCAUAUAUAAUCCUAAUCAGAUUAAAGAUCGUGGCACUUAUCAUUGCAAAGCAACCAACAAGUUUGGCACAAUUGUGUCAGAAAGUGUUGAAUUGUCAUUUGGUUUUAUUGGGGAAUUCAAUUUGAAAAGAUCCCCAGAGUAUGGAGACAAAAAUUGGGGGAAAGCAAUAUACUGUGACCCACCUCAAUACUUCCCUGGUGUAACCUAUUAUUGGGCUCGUGACUAUUUUCCUAAUUUUGUAGAGGAAGACAGAAGAGUAUUUUCUUCCUAUGAUGGCGCUUUGUACUUUUCUGCUCUUGAAAAUAUUGACCAAGGCAACUACAGUUGUAAUGUGCAAAGCAAAGUCUCUGAUACAGGCAGAAAUGGUCCUUUCUUCCAUUUCACUGUACGCCCACAUCCCAAUUACCAACAAUUGAAAUUUCCCAACAACUUCCCAAAGUCUUUCCCAGAAGCCCUUAUUGCUGGUCAUGAGGUCAGACUUGAGUGUAUUGCGUUUGGGUAUCCAGUGCCAUCAUACAAUUGGACAAGAGUUAAUGGAAAUUUGCCCAAAGGAUCCUAUAUGACCAAUUACAAUAGAGUUUUGAUAAUACCCAGUGUACAAGUAGAAGAUCAGGGAGAGUAUGUAUGCCGUGCAAACAAUGAUCGAGCAGCUAUAACAAACAGUGUGAUAAUCAGUAUCCAAGCUAUGCCCAACUUCACUGUUCCGCUCAUGGACAAGCACAUGGAUUUUCAAGGCAACUUAACAUGGACUUGUGAAGCAUUUGGAAUUCCUGAUGUUACAUAUUCUUGGCUCAGAAAUGGUAUUGAACUUGAUGUUAAUCGUUUAUCACCUGAAGACUGGGGACGUUACCAUAUCCAGGACAAUGUGUUAACCAUCGAACGCUUGGAACCUCAUCGUGAACAAGCUAUGUAUCAGUGUCGUGCCCGAAAUCAGUUACGGACACGUUACUCCUCUGCACAGCUAAGAGUGUUGUCGCUUCCCCCUUCCUUCAAAAAACGACCCUUGGAAGCUGAGACAUAUGCUGCAGAGGGAGGAAAUGUGACAAUGCGUUGCAACCCUGAGGCUGCCCCAAGGCCAAGAUUUGUCUGGAGAAAGAAUGGGAAUGUACUAGGAAGUGGCGGAAGGCGAAUUAUUCUCGAAAAUGGUAAUAUGAUUAUUAAACCAGUGUCAAGGGAUGAUGAUGGAGUGUAUACAUGUACAGCAGAAAAUGUUUAUGGCAGGGAUUCAAGUAGUGGACGUCUUAUUGUCUUACGGGGACCACGUUUUAUCCGCACCAUGCCACCUCAGUUUGUCACAACUCAAGGAGCUGAUAUUGCUCUAUCAUGUGACGCAGCAUCUGACGAAAUGUUGGAUGUAGCAUACAUUUGGACUCAUAAUGGACUUCGUAUUCGGGAUGAACGAAAUCAGCAAAUUCGAAUUAAAGUUGAUGGUAACCUCUUGGCUAUUCGUAAUGCAUCUUUAGCAGAAGCUGGAGAUUAUGAAUGCAUUGUGAAGAGUGUGGUGGGGAGAAUUGUCACACGGACUCGUGUCAUUGUGGAAGGUCCACCUGGUACUCCAGGUGGUGUUCAGGUUGUAGACAUAAAGAAAACAUCUGCUACUAUUCAGUGGACAGAUGGUGCUCCCAAUGGCCAGCCUAUUUAUGUGUACAUCAUUUCUGCACGAACAACCUUUAAUGACACUUGGCUAAACAUCACUAGAGAUGUAAGAGCCAAGGAAAUUGAUCGGUACAAUGGACGCAAGCAGUUUGAACUAGAGGGAAUGCUUGCACCUGGCUGCACUUACGAAUUUAGAGUGGCUGCUGCCAAUGCAUUGGGCUAUGGUGUCUUCUCUACUCCAAGUCCCCAGUACAGAACUCCUCCUGACCGCCCCUAUAAAUUCCCUACUAAGAUUGGAGGCGGAGGUGGAAAAAUUGGUGACUUAACUAUCACAUGGACUCCCCUGCCUCCUCAAGAUCAAAACGGUCCAGGAAUAUACUACAAAGUUUUCUGGCGAAGAACUGAACAUGAUACUGAAUUUCAAUCACUUGCUCUGAAAGAUCAGGGGAACAUUGGCAUGGCUGUUCUCCGUAUUCAAACAGAACACUUUUACACUCGUUAUGAUGUGAAAGUUCAGGCUGUUAAUGAUAUUGGUUUUGGUCCUGAGUCAAAGAUAACAACGAUCUUCUCUGCUGAGGACAUGCCACAGGCUGCUCCACAACAAGUUUAUGCCCGUUCUUUCAACUCUACAUCUCUCAAUGUUACUUGGCAACCUGUAGAUCAAACUCGAGAAAUGAUUCGUGGAAAAUUAAUUGGCUAUAGGUUGAAGUAUUGGAUAGCAGAACAAAAGGAAGAGGACUCUGUAUACUACCUCAGCCGCAGUACUAAUCCAUGGGCUUUGAUUGUUGGUCUUAGACCUGACACCUUUUACUUUGUGAAAGUUAUGGCUUUCAAUGCAGCUGGAGAAGGACCUGAGAGUGAACGGUGGAAAGAGAGGACUUUCAGGAUGGCACCUCAAAAACCACCUUCUUCGGUUCACAUUUAUGGUGUGAACCCGUCAACCGUUCGUGUGGUGUGGCGUUACGUUGCACCAAGUCUAGAUGAAGAACCUGUUUCUGGUUAUAAGGUGAGAGUUUGGGAGAAAGAUCGAGAUAUGAGUACUGCCAAUGAUACUUUCAUAUCAGUAGGCCAUAAGCUAGAAGCUUAUAUAACAAGUUUAUCACCUGGUAAAAGUUACCACAUGAGAGUUCUUGCCACCUCAAAUGGAGGAGAUGGAAGAAUGUCCUCUCCUGCUUUGACAUUCCAGAUGGGUGACCAGGAUGUCCUUAGAAGUGGCGUUGGAACUUUAAAUCUGUCCAUUUGGAAUCUGUUUGCUUUAGUUUUAGUAAUCAUUUUAGUGUUACCAGCAAAUGUAAAUUAAGUAGAGAAAUAGAAAUUACCUUAAUUACUGCAUCCGUCCAGAAGAUGCCACAGAUAAUUGAUUUUGUGGGAUCAGUGAUUUAUGAUUUAAGCCCACUUCAUGGCAUCUAGAUACUUUUAUGGCCUUUUGCCAAGUACUUACUAACCCAUUUUCAUUUUUUUAAAGAAACGAACUUGCUUUUUGAAGGUUUUAACAGAAGACUUUAAAUUAUCUUGUAAGUGAAAAGCGAUCUUUUAGAUGACUGAAAAUCAUUAUGCACCUAUACUACCAUGUAAUAGUAUGUACAGUUUUACAUAUUUUGAAGAAGUGUGUCUGUCAGUUUUGGGAGAUUUAAACUGGAUCUAUAUAUGUAUGAUUGUGAUUGAUAUUUCUGUGUCAUCCUUAAUUUAUCGGUAAGUCAUACUUAUAAAUGUGAAAUAGGGAUUUUUCAAACAAAGUGCCUUCAUCUCAUAGUGUUUAGGGAGGUUAGUAGAUUAUAUUGGAGUAAGUUUAAAAAAAAAAUGUAUGGUAUGUAUAAUUGAUGAAACGAAGCCAUUGCACAAAUUGUGUUCUGCUGAAGUAUCUCAGAUUUUUAUCUCAAAAACCAAUUGUUGUAAUAUAUUAAUCUAAAGGUUCAUAUUUCUGAAUCUUACAAAUGAAUAAGGUCUCAGGCAUAAUGUGCCUUUUUUAUAAUUUUCUGGUUCAUACCCAGUUGUGACAUUGUAGUAUACCAUUGUAUACCGCCUAUUUUAAUAACCAUUCCCCUUUUUUUUCCUGGUACCUGUUUAGGUAUUUUCUGCUUGUGAUUUUGUACUUUUGUACAGUAACUAGAAAUUCAUGUUUAUGUGUGCAUUUUGUGUUGUGCACGUCCCAUAAAUCAUGGAAGAGCUCUGUCCAGCAGCCAUGAAUGUGUAAACUGUGUCCGUCCAACCCAAUGAUAUUAUAAUACAGUAUUUGUAAAGUGUUUUUACAUUCCCCAUUUUUUAAUAAUUACAUUAUUGCGAGGAAA